AUGAAAAUCACUUCAAGCAAGAAGUUGAAUCUAUUUGCUUUAGCUACGGUGGCCUUUCUCACAUCCAACAGCUUGUGCUUAAAUGAACCAAUGAAGUCCAGGCUGCAGAGCAGAGAAGACGAUGAUAAAUACUACGAGAUAAAAGAUAAUAUCUUGGAAGAAAAGCAGAGGAGUCUCAGUUUUGAAGAAAUGGGAGACUGGGGGUCAAAAGAUAUCAUUAAAAUGAACCCUUUAACAGCAAGCAAGAUGCCAAAUUCAGUUGCUAAUUUACCUCUUAGAUUUGGAAGAAAUUAUCCAGAAGAAAGAAGCAUUAAACCAUUUGCUAAUUUGCCCCUGAGAUUUGGAAGAGCUUUUGGAGAGAACAUACCUAAUAAUGCUCCAAAGGUAUCACACAGGCUUGGGAGAUCUCCACUUGUUAAAGGUUCCAGUCAAUCACUUCUAAAUUUGCCACAGAGAUUUGGGAAGUCACUGGCUGUCAAUCUGCCUCGAGACAUUCAGGAAUCCGAACCAGCCAAGUUUCAGUUGGCUACCCCUGACCUCCAUCUGACACAUGCAUAA